CAAGACAGGCUUCAGCACUUUCUGCGCCUCUGUGCUGAACGUGUCGGUGCCACCGGGCAAUCCUACGACCUUAUGAUCCAGGACGUCAUCAGCACGCACGAGGCGAUAAUGGAGAUUCUGAGCAGCGACUAUGCAUCCAACAACAGACCCGAGUACAUGAACUACCGCGACGCAGACCUGAGAAGGGCCGUUAAUCGGCAUCUGCCUGACCAAUCACAAAAGUGGUCAGAGGACAUUCUGGUGUGUCUGCAGCUGAGGCAGUUCACCCGCUUCCGCGAUGAGUUGCGCAGCCCGGAGAAAGCCGCUAGCUUAAAGCUCUACAUUGGUGCAUACCUGGUCUUUAAGAUGAUGACUUUCGCGUCUCGAUAUUUGACGAAGGCUUUGAUGGAAGGAAGAGGCGCCGCAUCUUUUGUGGACCGCUACUUGAGGGCGCAGUGCACGGACCUGAUCAACACCGCCUUGCCCCUGUCUGUCUGGAAGUUCCAGCAGGACAAGAUUGAGAACGCCUCGCGACUUGCCAUUUUCGACAUCUACGCCCGCGUGGUGCGAGCACUCGUGGAUGUAGUCGCGGGCCACGACAGCGAUAUCGCCUCAAAUAUAGAAGAAUUUGCACACACGCUAUCAGUCGGCGCUUUCAACUUGACCAUCAAGCAACAACAGCUGGAGGCGCUGUACGCGUUCGUACCUCAACUAAAAAUUAAAAAACUGCGGUCAUUUCUGGACCUGUACACCACGGUGACCAUCUCUACACUAAUGGUAUUGAAGGAUUCCGUCAACGUCCACAGCGAGAACCUCGUGCAUGUUCCGCAGCUGGCAACCAGUCCCAUCUACCGUCUUCUAGUGGCACGCGAGAUAGCGAUUCCGCCGUAUACGUUAUUGUGGCCCGUGUUCCACCGCGAAUAUCCUGCGGCAGUGAACAUGGGGCUGCUGGGAACCUUGAUCGCUCGACGUCUGGUGGACAUGGUGUAUUACAUGUUCUUUGAGGAUAAGGACUUCCAGCCCCUGCCUCUGGCCCAAGUGAAGUUUCCACCUCCACUGCUGGACUUCAUCGAACGCCUUGGGCGAAGUCUUGAAUACAGCCUACAGAGGUUAAAAAACGGGACAACGUCGGAGACAAAAAUCGAGGAGCUGAUCAAGCAAGUCAUUGCGGGACACCUGGCGAGCAGGGCUCUUGCCACUAUGUCGUCGACGAAGCCCACCGCGUACUUCUCAACGCUGCCGCCAGAACGGCUCUUGUACAUGGCCACCUGCUUCCACUACUGCCAAAUGGCACCGACAUUGAGGAACUUCGCCGCCUGCAACGUGGUUGUGCCGCACCUACCCGGGUUUGCGCAGGCAUUCGGCUGCCACGUUUCAUCGGGCUCCGCCUACUCAGUGGGUGACAUUCCUGAAGCGACGCCGAAGAACGUGGACGUAGUGCGCAGUACUACGCUGAGCGUGUGAUG